AUCUUCCUCCUACAUCAAAAAGUCUUGGCGCCAAGUGUUAGUGUUGACGCUAGGCUGCCUGCAAAACCCUUAACACUACCAAAAUCGCCGUUUUCACGGUCGAUAUCCCAACAACCGCAGCGACGAAAUGACUACGCCUUCGCCCUCUGGGGCCCCCAAACCACCGCCGCCGGCCAUGAUACCGGUUAUUCCCCUGCCGGACACCCUUUGCGUCCCGCCCCCGCCCUCCACGACGGCGCAGUCGGCCAAGAGAGCCCGGACUGCGGACGAGGAAGUCCGUCCCGCCCACGCAACCACCGCCAUCCCUGCUGCUUCCGGCCCCAUUAAGUCCUUCGCUGGACCCUCAUCUCUGAAGCCCUCGCCAAAGCGGAGGUCUACCGCUCCUUCGCCGCCUUCCUCGACACCGAACUCCCCCGUUUCUCCGCCGUCUCGCCCGCUCACGCACGUGAAGCUGACAGCCUCGCACGGACCAUCACCGCCGCCCUGCAGAAAAGUUCUGCUUCACCUCCCUCGCCUCCUCCGGAUUCUACUGCCCCAACAAGCAAAAAGGUCUCCACUUCCCCUACCAGAAAGGGAAAGGGGCCCAUUUCCUUCGCCGAAGCUGCCGCCCGCGGUGCGGAUUCCACCCCCGCCUCCCGCUCUGCUUCCACGUCCCACUCCAGCCUCACCCAUAAGGCUGCCCUACCCCAAAGUGACGGCCGUGUCUUUCUUCGACUAGAUAAAGACUCCCCUUUUGCCAAUACCGACGCCUUUGCUAUUCGCAAAGAGGUUCAGUCUCUUCUCCGCCUCGCCCCCACCGACAUCCCUGGUUGCCACAAGGUCCCCUCUGGUUUUGCCCUCGUGCCCAAGAAUGACACUGUCCGCCAGACCCUCCUGGCCCAUAAAGACGAGAUUGGUGCCCGCUUCGGCUGCGUCCAAGUCGAAGUGCCCA